UUUCAGUACGUUCCCAUUUCCCCAUCGGACCCCGGUCGCUGCUGCGCUGCUCAUCUCUCGGGUUAGCUUGUAGCUGCGUGUUGGCCUCGGCAGUUUCCCGUUUGACAGGAAGCCUCGAGUGAAAUUUCAACAAAAAACCCUCCUGUCAGCGCAGCGAGCAUCGAACCCGUGGAGCCGAGAUGCCCAAGAAGAAAACCGGUGCUCGCAAAAAGGCGGAGAGUCGCAAAGAGCGAGAGAAACAGAGCCGAGCCAACCGAGAACAUGUGGAUGUGGCCAAACACCCCUGUAACUUCAACAUGGACUGUGACAAAUGUCAGAGGAAACAGAAGAACAGAGCGUUCUGCUACUUCUGCAACUGGGUGCAGAAGCUGCCCAUCUGUGCACAGUGUGGCAAAACCAAGUGCAUGAAGUCGUCAGACUGUGUCAUCAAACAUCCUGGAAUCCACACCACUGGGAUGGCCAUGGUGGGGGCAGUGUGUGACUUCUGUGAAGCUUGGGUGUGCCACGGUAGGAAAUGUCUGAGCACUCACGCCUGUGCGUGUCCCCUGACUGAUGCAGACUGCAUAGAGUGUGAGCGUGGUGUCUGGGAUCAUGGAGGCCGAAUCUUCCGCUGCUCUUUCUGUGACAACUUCCUGUGUGAGGACGACCAGUUUGAGCACCAGGCGAGCUGCCAAGUCCUUCAGGCAGAAACAUACAAAUGUAUUUCCUGUAACAGACUGGGUCAGCACUCCUGUCUGCGCUGUAAGUCCUGUUACUGCGACGACCACGCCAAGAGUAAGGUCUUCAAACAGGAGAAGGGAAAAAAUCUGCCAUGUCCAAAGUGCGGCCACGAGACGCAGGAGACCAAAGACCUCAGCAUGUCCACUCGCACCCUGAAGUUUGGCCGCCAGGCGGGCGCCGAAGAUGAUGACGACUACGGUGGCGAUGGAGCGGCCGGGUACGACUCCUACUGGAAGAACUUGGCCUCUGGAGGCGGAGCCCAACAGGAUGACUACGACGAGGAGGAGGAUGAUGAUGAUGAGGAGGAGGAGGAUGAUGAUGAGGAGGAAGAUGAUGAUGAGGAGGAGGAGGAGGAAGAGGAGGAGGAGAAAGAGAAAGAGAAAGAGGGUGAAGAGAAGGCAGCUGCUGAUUCCCUGGCUGGUCUUAAGUUGGAGGGAACUGCUGCCUGAACCAAGACAGAGACUGGAGCCUGUUGCUGGAGCCCACGGCCCCAAAGAUCCAAAUCCUCUCAGUGGAGGUUCACAACAGUAACGACUGAAGAAUUAAGAGACGUGUGUGUGUGUAACAACUAGUGUUGACAGAGUAAGAAAUUUAAAAAAGUCCCUCUGAGGACUGUGAUGUGAAGAUUUUAUAACAAAUCCACACAAACCUCUGUCCAGGAAGUAGAAGAAUAAAAUGAAGAGUGUUUUAAUUUGAAUUACUGAUAGAAAAAUAUGUAAACAACGUUAUGAAUCUGAACAAACUGCAAACUGCUGGUAAUUGACAGCUUUUUGAUGAUAUGGACACGAUAUAUAUCCAAAUACAGAGGUUUCUUCACCCAGUUCUCAGAGGACUUGUUUCCUCCUCUUUUUGAAGUCAGAGCUGGAUCACUGCUCUACGAGGCCCCGGGGGCCAAAAGGAGCUGUGAACCCUUUUUGGCUCCUGGUGUUUGGUGACUUGGUAAAUGUUAUUUUGUUUGAGAAGAUUCACUCUGUAACUGUUACUGUUUCCACAGGAUCUCUCCACAAACUGGGGACCUAAUGUUGUUAGGUUAAUAAAGUUGGAGCAGCUGCUGUCUCCUAAAGUA